AUGGCAGAGUUGCAUUUGCAGGAGGGGGAUGCUCUCUUGCGACCAUGCCAAGAGGAUAACUCGGAUCUCUUGGAUGGCUGGAGCAAACAACAAUUGCAGAGUCCAGUUCAAGAAAACAACGAUGUGAUGCUGGAGAGUUUGAAGGCGGAUUUGCAAGUCCUUUUCACAGAAGGUUGGAAGGGGCUGAAUCGUGAUUUUGCUCUUAUCCCCUACUUGCAUCCAUAUGCAGCCAUUGCCAGCCAACAGGUGAAAUUGGAUGUUGAGUGCCACAAUGUUUUUCAUAUUUUCACGGAUGGAUCUUGCAAGCGUCACAAUGCGGCAUGGGCUUUUGUCGUUCUUUGUGAAUGCAGGCUGCCAACGCAUUCACACUUAGUUCGCAUUGGCUAUGCUGCUGGGAUGAUUGAUGACUCAAUUGGGCCAGUGCGUAUGACAGCAACCGAUGCUGAGGCGACUGCCAUUAUUGCUGGGGUGGAAUACCUGUUGGCAUGCCCCACAAUUCAACAUGCGGAAAUUUUCUUCCAUUAUGACGCUUUAGCCGUGGGCCAUGGUGCAUGUGGAUUGCAAAAUGUUGUUCAGCAUGUGGAUCCCUUGUCCGAUAGACAGCAUGCUGCUCGCAUCAUGAUGUCCAUUUUGCAGCAGAGGGCAAGUGAAGUCACAGGUUUGCAUGUCAAAGCACAUCAAGGUCACCCAUGGAAUGAAUGCGCUGACAGUAUAGCUGGAUUGGUCAGACAAGGUUGGCAGCCUAUGGUCCAAACUGAAUUCCGAUCAGGACGGCUCUUGUCACAUCAGUUACGGGAAUGGGCAUGGAUUGAAGCAAAGCCGGACAGCCAGAUGCCUUCACUCGCUAUUGUGUUGAAUAAUAGCCAGGCCGAUCCCAAUGAGGGGUGGUAUGACCCGACACUAUCCCUUGAGGCCAGCAAAUGGGAGCAAGGAAAAAAGGGUAGAGACAUGAAAGAAGACCAGCAUCAUGGAUGUAGGGUUCAUCGGCUGAGAUUUGCGACGGCAAAUGUCGAGACUAUGGAGUACAAUGGUGAUUCUGAUUGCGGCAGCAUCAAAGCAAAUGAAUUGUUGCGGCAAUGCCAAUUGGAACACAUUCACAUUUGUGCAAUUCAAGAAUCCAGAGCCCGUGUGUCACGCAUGCUCACGAAUGGGCCUUUCACUCGGCUUGUUGCCAAAGGCUGCAAUGGACAAGCUGGGGUGGAAUUGUGGUUGAAUGGCGAGGAAUUGGCCAAGAUUUUCCAUUGUGUUUUUCAGCCAGAAAAAGAUGUGUGCGUGUGGCAUUCAUCGGAACGCAUCCUUGCAGCACGAUGCCAAAUGGGUACGUCAGCAUUGGAGAUUGUCGUUUUCUAUGCGCCUCAAAGAGGCCGCAGUGCGCAAGAGAAAGAACAGUGGUGGAAGCACUUCAAAUCUGUCCUGGAGAAAAGAGACAAACGAGCUCAUCUUUUCAUGCUUGGGGAUGGCAAUUGUAGUGUUGGUUCAUGUUCCGGUGAUGAAAUUGGACAUCAUGCUGCUGAUUUGGAAGACGAAGGAGGUGAACUUCUCCGUGAAAUCUGCAGGGAACAAAAACUCAUGAUUCCCUCCACUUUUGAGUGCUGGCAUGAAGGGCAGACAUACACAUUCACUAGUGCGCAUGGCGAUAGAUCCAGAAUCGACUACAUCUUGAUGCCACAAGAACUUGGUGCAAGUGUGGUGCGUUCUUUCAUACAUCAAGAUCUUGAUCUCAUGAAUGGUGACAGAGAUCAUUUUCCUCUUUGUCUGGAAUGCGACAUCAAGGUCGGUGAGAAAGAUGUGGUCAGACGCUUCAACAGGAGCCCAAUAUACCACCGAGCUGAGGCAAUGAAAAUGCAGCAAAAGGCUGCCAUGCAAGAUAUUUUGGUGAACUGUCCAUCUGUGGAUUGGUCUGUUGAUGUUAAUGACCACUGGAAUUGGGUGCGACAUCACCUGCAGCAAAAGGUCAAAGAUCUUUUUCCGUGCCAGAAGCGCCAGCAGCGUCAAUUGUAUUUCUCCAAAGAGGCUUGGAAUGUGCUUUGCUCCAGAAAGGAGAUCCGCAAGCAAUAUAGAGCCUUGCAACGUGAGAAAAGAAUUUUGAUUUUGAGAGCCAUUUGGAAGGCAUGGAAAGGAAACGUGCAGGACUCUCAAGCAGAGGAAACAUUUCGCAUGCCUUUGCAUUUUCUGAGAUGCCAAGAAGCUGUCACUUUAGAAGCGCGCAUCAGGGUUGACCAUGACUUCAAAUGCAUCAAAAGAAGAGAUUGGAGGCAGUGGAUAAAGCAACAACUUGUUGACAAAGUUGAAAAGGCCAGAGGAGUGCGGUCAGCGGAGUUGUUCAAGAUCUUGCGCCCCAAGCAAAUGAUUGCCAGAAGCACCGGCAAGUUGAUUCGUCAGCUUCCUGGACUAUGUGGAGAGGAUGGACAAUGGAAAAACAACAGGGAUGCCAUCGCCUUGGAAUGGCAAACACAGUUUGGAACCAUUGAAAACGCCGAGGAGGUUACAGCAGCAGAAUUGCUUCAACGUUCAGUUUCAAGACAUGAAGACUGUUGGCAAGCGCUAGAUCUCCUUUCAGUUCCUUCCCUCUACCAAUUAGAAUCAGCAAUCAGAGCAUUGCAGGCAGCCAAGGCCACAGGCCUUGAUGGCCUGGGAGCGGAAGUGCUUCAAGCAGAUCCAGUUGUAGCAGCCAAAAAGUUGUACCCGAUCUUGUUAAAAGCAGCGGUCAGAGGCCAAGGCGUCAUGGAGUUCGCAGGUGGAUGGUUGCUGCCAUUAUUCAAAGGACGGGGCAACCCGCAAAAUAUGGCUGGUUACAGAGCAAUACUUCUGGAAUCUGUUGUGUCAAGAGCCUUUUCGAAGGCAUGGAGACCACUGAUCACGGAAGGAUUGGCAAGAGUGGCACGACCCAUGCAGUGGGGGGGCAGACAAGGACUUUCGAUUGAGGCACUACAUCUACACGUUCAUUUCUGGAAAAGGAAUGCGAAACAUCAGCGCAAGUCUCAUGCAGUUAUUUUCCUUGACAUCAAAGCAGCGUUUUACUCUGUGGUGAAACAGUUGGUAGCAGGCACAGCUUCCGGCAUGCAGAGUUUGGAAAAAGUGUUUGCAAAGAUGAAUUUACCAACUGACAUGAAAGAGGGGUUUCUGCAGCAGACGAUGGGUGUCAAUCUGAUCAAGGAGGCUACAGGAUCAGCUGUAAUGGCCAACAGUGCAGCGGCAAUGCUGGGCUUAACAUGGUUCGUGAUACCAGAGUCCAAGUCGCUGCAAGCGCCCAUGACCGGCUCAAGGCCGGGAGACCCUAGCGCAGAUGUGCUAUUCUCGCUGGUCUUAUCCAAGGUGAUAGGUGUUAUUGAAGAAAGAGCACAGCAGACUGGCAUUCAGCUUUCACGUGAAACGACAGCUGGGCAAGUCUCGAACAUGGUCACCUGGGUGGAUGACAUCGCUUUUUCUCUCACAGAGGAUGCUGAUCGUUUGGUGGGCAGAACCAUGGAUUUGCUGGGCAUAGUACAAGAUGCAAUGCUGGAGCAUGGUCUGUCCCUUUCUUACGGGGUUGGAAAAACAGCAGUGAUGAUCUCGUUUCAUGGAAAGGGAGCGACUGUUGCACGGCAGGAAGCAGAGCAGAAGUAUGGUCAAGGAUUGGCAUUGAUGAGUGAGCACAAAGGAAAAGUGAUCAUCCCGAUCGUGGGGCAUUAUCGACAUCUUGGCGGCUUCAUCACAAGAUCGGGCUCGAGAAUCCCGGAGCUGAGGGUCAGAACUGUCGGUGCCCUAUCCAAACUCAAGCCGUUGCGACGGAUUCUUGUUCAUGAAGGUCUCCAAAAGGAGCAGAGAAGUCGGCUCAUCAAGAGUUUGGGAUUGUCAGUUUUCACAUUACACGCUGGCACACUCUUUGCUCUUACUCAAGGUGAAUAUCAAGUUUGGCAAGCGGGUAUUCACAAAAUCUACCAAUCCCUUCAUCAAAGAAAGGCAAAUGGUGAGGUGCAGCACUCCACUAUGUAUCAGCUAGCUGAUGCGAUGCAAUCACCUAUGCCUUUGGAACUGAUGUAUCUUUGCAGGCUGCGUUUGUUGGUGCAUCUUUUCAAGACAGGAGAUGCUUACAUGAUUGCGGCGAUUGUGGAGAAUUUCGAGAUUGAGAAAGAGAAUUCGUGGCUUCAAGGGGUUUUUCACAGUUUGAAAUGGUUGGAAAAUCAAGUUGGCGCAGAACAUGUGCCAGAGGAGCUUUUUCAGCUGAUGGACCCGCAAGUUUGGAAUUGGUUUCAAGCAGGAGCUCAUGAACUCAAGGGUUUGAUCAAAAAGGCAGAGCAAUCUCACUUGUGCAAGGUCAAAUCAUUUUGCGAGUUGAAAACUCAUGCGGAGGUGCAAGAUCAAAUCUGCAGAGAAAUGGGAUGGACCUUGGAGGAGGAGAGUGAGAAAGGAGAGGAAUCCAGCACAAGUGCAGGCUUUCAUGAAUGCACUGAAUGUGGGGCGAAGUUUGACAAGGCCUCUUCAUUGGCCACCCAUGAGCAACGCAAGCAUAACAAACGGGUUGCUCGGAGGAGGGUGGCAUGUGAUGCAGCAUGUCGGGCAUGUGGUCGGUUUUACCACACGCGGCCUCGCAUGAUCAAGCAUUUGCAGAUGGCGAAGUCAGGAUGCUGGAUUUUUCAUUUACGAAAUUAUGUUCCCAUGUCUGAAGAGGCAGCAGCCGAGCUUGAUGAGCAUGACAGAAAGAGGGGAGUGGCUGCUCAUCAGAAAGGGCUUGUGGAGCACUCCUUAGAUCAAGGUUGGCGAUGGUGCACUGAUCAGGAGCUGGCGGAAUGGGCAGCUCUGGGCAUGUUACCUCCAGGGCAAGGAGGCAGACAAAUCACAUUGAGAAACGCAACUGAAUGGACGGUGCACAAUGUGGGACAAGAAGCAACCAAAUUUGAGCAUCAGCUCCUUGACAGAGCCACCAGAUGGAAUCCGAAUCCGGAUUGGAUCCCUAGAGGCUCAUUCACCCUGGAACACCCAAAGGGCUGUGGAGGUAAGGACAACAAGUGGACCAUAUGGGACUCAUCCUUUAUCAAGCAGCUCAUGUUGGCAGGGGACAUCAAGCUCUGGACAAUACUUCAGGGCCCGUUGGGACAACCAUGCGCCAAACCAACCAAUCUUCUGGCAGCGAGGUUGGAAAGGUUGGGGGCGGCCAUCUAUGAAGGCUACAACAAGCGAUGGCGGCCGACGACAAAGCUUGGGGGCCGUGAAGGCUCCCAGUGGAAAACGGCCCGUGCAAAGGCAUAUCCACCAGCUUUGUGCCGCAUACUAGCGCAGCAGCACAUUGCCUUCGCUGAGCAGCAAAUUGGGGAGGGAACAACCCAGGAACCGGAAGGUUUGGAACAAGCAUUGGAUGCACUGGCGAAUUCCUAUGACCCUUAUUGGCUAGAAGCGAGGGGCACAAAAAUGUGCUCGGAUUACAAUUUUGGAAAGAUUCCAGAGGACUCAGUAGUCACCUAA